AAUUAUUUAAAUAUUUCACUAUAUACAUAGAUGUCUUCACGAUUUUGCAUUGUCCAUUUUAUGGAAGAAAACACUGUAGAAGUUGUGCCAGAUUUUUGGAUUUGUACAUCAAUGGAUACAUGUUGCUGGCCCAAUACUACUUUCCCCAAGAAAAAUGUUGUUCGUAGAACACUUCCCAAUAAACAUUGGAAGAUCUACAAGUGCAGAGUCCUCAGCACGUUUGACGAUUUCGAUACAGCUCAGUCAAAUUUGAAAGACGCCGAAAUUUCAUCGGAUUUUCCAUCAAAAAAUGUAAAAGCUUUGGGGAAACGAUUAUCUAAACGUAAUCGCAAAUAUUAUAGUAACAGCAAUUCAUCAGAUGAAACAGAGAGCUGUACAAAGAAAAAGGCAACAUUCCUGCACAAUGCAUCGAAGCCAAACUUCACAAGUACAAGUGCUACAAGUAAUUCGUCAAACGAUGAAGAAGAAAAGGAAAAUACGCUUCCGAAAAAACCAAACGUACAGUUACCUAAAGCCUUCGCAGUUACCAACGAAAAAGUUGUAAAUGCAAAUUGUGAGGCUCCUAGAAAAAAGAUUACUUUUUCAGCCACGAAGUCACCACAAAACUACCGCAAUAGCGUUACAGAUGAUGCACAACCAGGAUGCAGCAAGAAUAUGUAUCAAGAAGAACAAAGAAUAAUAUCCUCAAUUCCUCGCAAAGAAACAUUACUAACAACAUCAAAUCUAUAUCGGUGAAAGUGAAUUCGAAAAACUAGUAAUACGUGACUUAAUCAAAAUAAAAUUUGAUGUUAAAGAAAUACGGGAUGUUUUAGUGCCAAUAGUAGAAGAUAUUUUAAAUAAUCCUCAAGAAAACUUUCGCGAAAGGAACAUCAGGCACGCAAGACAGGAAGAAGAAUUGGAAAAUAUUCUGCCUACAUUUCCAUUCAGAAUUAUGCAGGAUUGGUAUGAUCUAAAAACGUUGUUGUCUAAUAACACGGUCGCGUGUGAACAACUUGAAAAAAUGUUUUCCACUCGAGGUGGAAAAGAUGGCAACGAUAUGAUAAGACGAAUACUUGGAGCUGUGUUUUCUCCACAACUUUCAGCGAUAAUUUCCUGGAAAGGAAGAAAAAAUAAUAUAAAACUGCAAGGAACUAUUGUUGCACGUACGAUAUUUGUUAUCGUGAAAAAGAAGUUUAAAAUGGAUGACCGACAGAUAGAGCUUACUGUGAUAAAUUGGUUCCGCCGUUCAUCCGAAAGGAUUAAAAAAAAUCCAGAAAUUAAUAAUGCUGAUUAAAAGUUUCCCCUUCUGGACUAAUAUUUUAUGAGUCUGUUACAUGUCAACAGCCAUCCGGAUGGUCUGAUAUAUAUAAAAGUAGUACCGAAUU